AGUGUUUGCAGGAGCAGCAGAGAGAGAGAUGAGCAGGAUGGGGUGGGUGUAAUUCGGACAGGAGAGCUUCAGAUAUCCCUUCACUCUGCGGCCGUGUGCGAGAAAGAGGAGAAGACAUCAGUUAUUCUCAUUGUUUUGAGUUAUUUUAGUGGAUGACAGUGACUCAGCUAGAAAGGGUUGGAACAUCUGUCCACAUGCUGCUGUUCUCGGUCAUCAUCUCUGAUUAAACACACACACAGACAGACAGACAGACAGAGAGAGAGAGAGAGAGAGAUGGCAGAAAUGGAGUCCUCUCUGGAGUUCAGCAGCUCCCUGAGCAGCUCCACACUGCCUCCUCCCCGCACCCGGAUCUUUAAGAUCAUAGUGAUCGGAGACUCCGGGGUGGGAAAGACCUGCCUCACAUACCGCUUCUGCGCCGGCAAGUUCCCGGACAAGACCGAGGCCACCAUCGGGGUGGACUUCCGGGAGAAGAUCAUCGAGAUCGACGGAGAAAAGAUCAAGGUGCAGCUGUGGGACACGGCGGGUCAGGAGCGUUUCCGGAAGAGCAUGGUGCAGCACUACUACAGAAACGUUCACGCCGUGGUGUUUGUGUAUGACGUGACGAGCGCGGCGAGUUUCCGCAGCCUCCCGGCGUGGAUCGAGGAAUGCCGGCAGCACGCGCUCGGCCACGAGGUGCCCCGGAUCCUGGUGGGCAACAAGUGCGACCUCCGCCACGCUGCUCAGGUGAGCACGGAGGUGGCCCAGCAGUUCGCCGACGCCCACUCCAUGCCUCUGUUCGAGACGUCAGCUAAGAGCCCACAGGGAGGGAGCAAAGACAGCGAUCACGUGGAGGCCAUCUUCAUGACGGUGGCGCACAAGCUGAAGUCGCAGAAGCCGUUGGUGCUGAGUCAGCCGGCUAACACGGUCAUGCUCAGGGGGCGGGAUCAGGACGAGGAGCAGCAGCAGCAACACGGGAGCUGGGGCUGCACCUGCUGGAGGAGCUAGUGAGGGGCGGGGCUAAAUCGGUCUAAAAGGGAAGUAGUGACGAGUGUAAAGGAUUCGAAAUCUACAAGAUCGGAGGUUGCAAAAUGGACGGAUCAUCAAGGACAAAGGAUAACGACGCUGAUGCUGAUGCUCCCCACUACAGUAUCUAUACCCGGACUGAACCCUACACACCACGGAAACGCUUAACUCGAGGCUCAAUCUCAAUUUAGCAUUCAACAUGAGCGAAAUGACUCGGAAUAACGUUCUACGUUUUUGCAGGCAACAUCAUAGAUAAAGCAGCUUCUCAAAUCAUUCGACGCUCAAGACUCCUAGAGAACACACUAACCGAGAAAGACACGCAUGCAAACACAAACACAACACGAGGAAACGUAGAUUAUGGAUAAACACUUGAUCCCAGUGACAGAAAUCGGUGUUUGCUCGUAUAAUUUUGUCUUUGUAAUCCACGUGGUACAUAAACAGAAUGACCUUAGUAUAAAGAUGCAUCACAGGGUUGCGUUCAUCACGAAACUCCGAGCACCUUGCUUUCGAAUAUUACCGUACGCUGAAGAGACGUCGUAUAUCAUAACCGGAAAUGAGGAGUUAAAUUUUUUGUUCUGGGAAAAAAAAAAAAAAAAACGUUGUGUCUAAUAUUCGUAACAUCGUUUAAGCCACGUCUAAGUGCUCGACAAAUCUCGUGAAAUAAUUACCGACUUUAAUCAUUCGGGAUUUUUUUUUUUUUUUAAAUCAGGAUAUGAAUGAAAUAAGAUUUACAGUGAUGCAAAGCACUGAUGUUAUUUGUACGGCAUCGUUUAUAUUAUGAUCAAUACCUUGGCCAGUAUUUGAUCUGAAAAUGAUCAAUGACUUGCGUCCUGGAGACUGUAAACGUGAUUGACCGUAAACGUUCCUGUGCUGCUUUCCAAACGAGACGGAUUUCUGCUGAGAAUGUACGGCACUUCGAAGCGGCUGCUUCCGUAUUGUUCAAAAUGGAAAUGUCUUUUUUUUUUUUUUUUAAAUACCAGAACAUCUAUAACGUCAGUCCAGUCCAGUAAAAACAUCCGUCACUCAGUGAUCCCAAAAAACAGGUUUCCGUUGAGCCAUUUUGGAAGCCCUUCGAGCUGGAACACAGUGUUGACGUCAGUCGUGAUGGAUGUUUGGUUAAGAGCCGAUGGAGGUGUUGUGUUCAUCCAAGAUCGUCCAAGGUUCUCUCGGGUAUGAUGGAUAGACUAUCGCCAAUAAUCGAACGUUUAUCCAGUUUAUAAGGAAUUUUGCUUGGAUUCAAGGUCAAACGUCUGAAAAGAUUCGACGACUUCUUGGAACAGGAAGCAUCUCAUCCCUACCAAGUUCUCCAUGUUCGUUAAUUAGUAAUUUCCCAUCACUCUAUCUCCAGGAAUGCGUUAUUGACCUUGUUUCCACUCUUUGCUACGGUUUCCAUUGUUAAAUCAUAGCUAGCUUAUUCUCCGCGUCCGUAUUUCCAGUUCCUUGGCACUUAACCUGUUUGCUUUCCUCGAACGUGUACUCUUGAACUCUGUGUACUGUAAUUCUUCAGAAACAUGGACGCCAAAUUACAACUAGCAUUACUAACUUGUUUUUUUUUAAAAUACAAACAAUUCAAAAUGAUGAAGAAGAGCGUCAACAUAUUUUCUUUGAAAAUGCCACAGCGGUGGCGGCAAAAUUACCAAGAAGAGACUCUGCUAUGUGUCGUGUUAUGCUGUAAUUAUAGCAUUUUAGCAUCAACUGCUAGCAUGAGUUAUGUCAUAUUUAAAAAAAAACACUACAAACUAUGAGGUGUUGUUGGAUGGAAAGAUGGAGACGUUACGGAUACCACAAAAGUGGGCCGAUGAUGAAGUACUGUGUGCUAGUUAAAGUUGAGCAUCGCUAAUCAUAAUUAUUUAGCUAGGUCUGUAUUUCUACUUUGUUUUUACUCUGGUAAAGAAAAAUGAAUAAGGAUUCAGACGAAAGUGAGUGAUUUUCGAGGCCUGGCGCUGUUUUAAGCCAAAACAACAAGAACAGAACCAAAAAAAAAAAAAACCAGACGUUACCAGAGUUCUGUGUAGGGACUAGGAUGCUAGCUAUAGUAAACAAAAUGACACUUAGCUACCGAGCUACUUAGCGACAUUAUUCAGUUAUGAGUCAGUAAAACAUAGGCUAUACGAAGCAUUUGUUAUUUUUAAAGACAAAGAAAAUCUACAUUUGUAGUACGGUAGUGUGUUGUAGGACUGUAGGGACACUCUGGGGACGUGUGUAUCCUGCGACACUAUAAAACACUAGCCGACAGCGAGCAUGGCGUUCUUAUUAUGUUACUCACGCAGCAGGGUACAGUAUCAGCGUCUCGCUCAUCCUGCAAGCUUUCAGGACGACUGAGAGAGCAAAUGUGUGUGUGUGAAGUGAGUGUGUGCUACUGAAUGCACGCCUGCUUUCCGGAUCGGAACCGUGGCUUGUUUUUCCUUCCCUCGUCGCCGCUACAGCAGGUCCUGUGGUGCGCGCUUUACAAACGCCUGGACGGUUCUAACCCGGAUCGUUCUUUAGUCUCGGGUUGAAGUGAUGUGAUGUGAUGUGAUGUUUCUCUGACUGCCAUGAACAUCGACAUCAGUUUUGCACAAAUAACAAAGAAAUGAAGCAUGUGUUGGACCAUCCCAAAAGUUUGCACCCCCCCGCCUGGAUGGAUUUCACUAUUCAUCUCUAAACAAUAGAGAACUCCAGCUGCCAAUCUUUAUCCUGUUGGCAAAAAUACACCAGAACACCAAUAACAAGCCAAUCGACAUGUGAUUAGAGUAGAAUAGAAUGAUUGACUCUCUUAUUAAUACAGUAGUAAUGCUCUUUUUCUUCCUCUCUCUCUGGUCUCGUCUCAACUCCAGAUUUCCUGCUCGAAAGAUCAGCCUUCACGGUAAACAAAGAAUUCCUUGAUGUGAAAUAAAAAUCUUUCGACUUUAGACAUAUCAGACAAGCACCUACCCUCACCAGCCACUUUAUUAGGAACCCCCAUCCAUCCAUCCAUCGUGCUGUUUUACGCCAUUCUCUAAUCAGCCGAUCCCUCGACAACAGCACGAUGCAUCAAAUCUCACGCGGAUCCAAAUCAAGAGCUUCGGUUAACGUUCAGAAUGUUCACACGUCAGAACGGGACAAACUCUGAUCUCGCAGUCAAGUGCGACUUUCUUUCACUGUGCCAUGGGUGUUGGUUUGAGCCAAAUGAUUUAUGAGGUUUAAGUAUUUCAGAAACUGGUGAUCUCGUCCUGGGGUUUUCACACACAACAGGAUGGUGCGAAAAACAAACAAAAAAACCCAUCGAGUCAAGCGAGUGAGGGACAGUUCCGUGGGUGGAAAUGAACGCUUUGUUGAUCAGAGAGGUCCGAGGGAAAACGGACAGGUUCGAGGUGGUUCGAGCUUUUUUGCCAGGAAGGAUAUAGCGACUCCUAUAUAAUCCCUCUUUACAACCGUGAUGAGUAGAAAAGCAUCUCGGCAUGCGACAGAAAACAGAAGAGCAGGUUGAGUUCCACUCCUGCAGCCAAGAACAGGAAUCUUAGACUCGAUCACAAGUUCCUAUUAAAGUGGCCAGUGAGUGUAUGUUUACAGGUAACUAUACACUCUUAGAAAAUAAACCAACGGCUUGUCACUGGUGCAGGACCUUCUAAGGUACUUAUUUGUACUCUUUAGGAAAAAAUAUGUACCUUUUUGACUUUAUGGUUACCUUGAGGUCCGAUAAUGAGUCCUAGAGGGCACGUUAGUGCAGCUUAGGGGACAGAAAUGGAUUCCUCCUGUAGCCCUAGGUCACUGAAAAUUGGUACAUGGUGGUGAAGAAAAUAGCACUUGUAUGGAAUCAAUUUUGUGCCAAAAUGUUCA